AUGGUCCCACCGUCUCAAAGCCUCAAUCUAGACGCAGAGGCUAUCAGUGGUAUCCUGGGGUCGAUAUCUAUUGCAUGUUGGGUCACUGUUUUCACACCCCAGAUCCUCGAGAACUUCCGCCGUGCAAGCGCCGAGUCUCUAUCCCUGGAAUUCAUAGUCAUAUGGAGUCUAGGUGACCUCUUCAAUGUCUUCGGCGGCAUCCUACAAGGCGUUCUGCCUACGAUGCUCAUCCUGGCCGUAUAUUACGUCCUAGCUGACGUCGUCCUCAUCUGGCAAUGUCUGUACUACCGCGGCGUUCCCUCGCAGGAAGACUCCCCCACGCCGCCCUCCGAGAGUCAGCCGCAAGCUGAACCCAAUGGGCGCCGUCCCAGCGGUCCCUCGCGCCGAUCCAGCGUAGUGGACGCAACGCACCUCUCCCCGGCCACCCCGUUGGCAGAGCCCACCAAGCCCAGCAGGCGACGCUCGACACCCCUGCAGACAGCCCUGCUGAACCUGCUCGCAGUCUUCAUGGUUGCGGGCGCUGGGGUGUUCGGGUGGUGGGUGAGCACCGGGUCUCAGCGUGGGCCACAGAACCACGACCAUGGGCACGGCCCGGCGCCACCGCACCGUGAAAAGGGGGAGCUGCCUUUGGAUCCCCUGGGCCAGGCGUUCGGCUACGGCUGCAUGGUGAUGUAUCUCGGGUCGCGAGUGCCGCAGCUAAUACUGAACUGGCGGCGGCAGUCGACGGAUGGCCUGUCGGGGAUGUUCUUCCUGUUUGCGUGUCUGGGAAAUGUGACGUAUUUCCUGUCGAUUUUGGCGUAUGAGCCGGCCUGUGUGAGGGAGGAGGCGGGGUGUGAGGAGGGCGAGGCGAGCAGGGUUUAUGGGAGGUAUCUGCUGGUUAACCUGUCAUGGUUGAUAGGGAGCAUUGGGUGCUUGGUAUUUGAUUUUGGGAUCUUAUUGCAGUUCAUUCGAUACAGCGAGGCCAAUGAGCUGGUCACUGCGAGUGAGGGGGAGAGGAGGCCGUUACUGGACGGGACUGAUCCAAGGGAAGAGCGAUGA